CCGUUCAGUGUUCGGUAUGAGCGCGAAUCGAGCGCGAGUUCUGAUCAUUCCCGAAUGCGAAAGAGGUUGAUCCUCGAGGAAUAGCGACAUGCCGGGCAAGCGGAUCAAACAUGCCGUCUCCAUGAAGCAGUUGGUGGACGUUUUCAAGAUCUGCGAUCCCAAGGGUACAGGAAAAGUGCGAAUCGAGUAUUUACUGGAAUUGGCCACUCUUUAUGACAAUGAUGGUUCUAAGGAUUUGGCUUCAAUUCUUCUGCAGCUGGAUGCUAGAGGAAGCGGAACAUUGACGUUCCGAGAGUUUUCCUACGGGAUCAGAGCCAUCUUGAGGCAAAGAUAUUUCCAGGAGAGAAUAUGCGCAUUGAAAGAUAGCAUGAUGUCGCCCAUAACGGCAGCCCCUGCGGAAUCGCAUUUGGAAAACGGGGGCGGUGGAGGCGUAGUCAGCGCAGGAUCUGAGGAUCCUCGCUUCAUCCUGAGCCCUCCGGACAGUCCUCGAGCCACAGGACAGACUAAGAGUCAAUGCUCGUCGCUUUCAGAUGGUGAAAAUUACGAGAGCUACGGCGAAGGGCCCGACAUCGAUGCAGAUUCCGGGAUUGCAAACGAAAGACACCACGGGGAUAGAAUCAGAAGUCCAUUAAAUAAUCCGGCAAUCAGCAGACACUCAUGGUUGAGGACAAGCCUCAGGAGAUCACCAACAAGCCACGCCGAGAGUUUACCAAACAGAAGAUGGGGAUCAUUCAGACACGCCGGAAAGAGGCAGCAGCUCGGCUCCAAUGCUUUAGCGAGUCAACUUUAUCGAAGCUCCAGUUUCAAUUCGUCUGGAAGGAGCAGCACUUGCGACACCGCUGAUGACAUGUACUCAGAUGCGUCCCUCGAGGAAGACGUGCUGGACCUGAACCACAAGGUUCAAGUCCUUCAGCAGCAGAUGGGCGUUCUCCAAGAUUCAGCCACCCACAACGAUGAACGUUACACGAGGGCCAAAGCGGACAAUGCGGCCCUUCAAGCGAGAGUCAUCAUGCUGGAGGAGCAAUUAAGGGAUUCCGAGAUGCGGGCCGAUGAAAGGAUACACGAGGAGCAGAGAAGGUCGAAGGAGCUUAUGGCUAGGAUCGAACGUGAGAAACUCCUGCAACUCGAGAACUCCAGUAUCAGAUUGCACGCUGCCGAAGGCGAGUCCAGCAACUUUAAAGAGGAAGCUGCGAGGCAGAGGAUCAGGAUCGAAAAGUUGGAAACAGAGAGGACUGAAUUACACGAUCAACUGCAGGAUUUGCGGUACGAUAUUUCCGAAGCCAAGGAACAGGAACAUAGACUUAAAGAACAGGAGAGAAGACUGAAUAAAGAACAUGAAGCCCACAAUCAGCUGAUAGAAGAGCUAUCGAAGGAAGUAGAAAGGCUGCGAUCGGAGGCAAGGACUCCGGCACUUCCUACCACAUCACCGGAAGCCCUGAGAUUGGACGAGCUGCACGAAGAAAUGGCAUCACUCAGAGAAAUCAAUAGCCAACUGCAAGAAGCCAACGAAGAACUUCAGGCGAAUCUUUUGCACGCAGGAGUCGAGCAGGGCAGGAAACUCACCGCCGGAGAAUUCAGUUUGGCCUCAGAGCUGGAGGAAAUGACUCAAGACGAGAACAAUUUCCAGAGGGACCCAGAUGCUAUAGCUAAGAUCCAACAAGCUCUGAAGGAACAGCAAGAAGUUAACGCUCAACUACGCUCCUACAUCGACGGAAUACUGCUGAACAUCGUCGAGAAAUGUCCGCAACUGCUAGAACGAUCUUCUUAAGCAGCAGAAGAAGGCAUUGCCUUACUUUGGUUUCUCUUUUAAUCGAUGAACUCAUAAUAUUAAUAUAUUUUUGUAUUUUUAUCUGCAAGAUUUUUAGGGAUCAUUAACUUUUUAUACGUCAAACCACGUCGAACAUGCAAUUAGUUUCUUUGUAAAAAAAAAAUACAUAUAUAUUUAAUAAUUGGAUGAAAAUUAAGGAAAACAUAUUAUAUAUUUUGUAGGCUCAAAUGGUCCGUCCAUUUUGUGAUUAGGUGCUGUGAUCACUAAAUUUUUUUAUUAUUGCGGUUUUUCAACGUUACUGCAUAACGAUUUAUUUAUCCCUUGGGCCACAAGCGGAUCAAUAAAUGUUUAUGCAAUUAAAUUUAAGUGCCUUUCAUAUGAUUUUGUGUUUCCCGUCUUGUGUAUUACCGUGUACUAAACGAGAGGAUUUUGUGAAAUGCGAGGAAAUUAAAAAUUUUAUUCAAAGAUA